AGCAGGCCGCGCCCAUGGCGCAUGCGUAGCGGGCACUCCCGCUAUAUAUUAGGGCGCCGGCGGCCGCGGCCUGAGACUGCUGCCGGACAAGGGCAACGGUUCGCUUGGUCUUCUCGGCUUGAGUGACGCUGCCGUCGUCGCCGCCGCCGCCCCCGCAGAGCCUUCCGCGCAGUUACGCUCAGUGCUCCCAGCUAUGGGGACACGAUCUUGGGGAGAUCCUGGCCUUGGGGACUCAGGGCCCUGCUGGACGCCUUCCUCGGAUUUGGGGUUUGGGGACCAGGAGGUCAGGAUUCCUGAGAGUCCUCCGUGCCUGGAUGGAUGACAGUGGCUUCCCUAGCCUCAUUCUCCUCCUGGGUGAGCCAGUGUGCUUCCCGGAUAUGGAGACUGUUGUUCGCCGUUGCCCUUUCUUAUCCCGAGUCCCCCAGGCUUUUUUGCAGAAGGCUGGCAAGUCUCUGUUGUUCUAUGCCCAAAACUGCCCCAAGAUGAUGGAAGUUGGGGCUAAGCCAUCCCCGCGGGCACUGUCCACUUCAGCUGUACACUGCCAACAGAUCAAAGAAACCACUCCAACCAAUGAGAAAGACAAAACUGCCAAAGCCAAGGUCCAGCAGGCUCCUGAUGGAUCCCAGCAGGCUCCUGAUGGAUCCCAGCAGGCUCCAGAUGGCACACAACUUCCGUCUGGACACCCCUUGCCUGCCACAAGUCAGGGUACUGCAAGCAAAUGCCCCUUCCUGGCAGCACAGAUGAACCAGAGGGGCAGCAGUGUCUUCUGCAAAGCCAGUCUCGAACUUCAGGAGGACGUGCAGGAAAUGCAUGCUGUGAGGAAAGAGGUUGCCCAAACCUCAGUGAACCCCAGUGUGAUUAAUGUAAAGACUGAUGGAGGGGAUCCAAGUGGACUGCUGAAGAACUUCCAGGAUAUCAUGCGAAAACAAAGACCAGAAAGAGUGUCUCAUCUUCUUCAAGAUAACUUGCCAAAAUCUGUUUCCACUUUUCAGUAUGAUCAUUUCUUUGAGAAGAAAAUUGAUGAGAAAAAAAAUGACCAUACCUAUCGGGUUUUUAAAACCGUGAACCGACGAGCGCACAUCUUCCCCAUGGCAGAUGACUAUUCAGACUCCCUCAUCACCAAAAAGCAGGUGUCAGUCUGGUGCAGUAAUGACUACCUAGGAAUGAGUCGUCAUCCACGGGUGUGUGGGGCAGUUAUGGAAACUUUGAAACAACAUGGUGCUGGAGCAGGUGGUACUAGAAAUAUUUCUGGAACCAGUAAAUUCCAUGUGGACCUGGAGCAGGAGCUGGCUGAUCUCCAUGGGAAAGAUGCAGCACUCUUGUUUUCCUCAUGCUUUGUGGCCAAUGACUCGACCCUCUUCACCCUAGCUAAGAUGAUGCCAGGCUGUGAGAUUUACUCUGAUUCUGGGAACCAUGCCUCCAUGAUCCAAGGGAUUCGAAACAGUCGAGUGCCAAAGUACAUCUUCCGCCACAAUGAUGUCAGCCAUCUCAGAGAACUGCUGCAAAGAUCUGACCCCUCAGUCCCCAAGAUUGUUGCCUUUGAAACUGUCCACUCAAUGGAUGGGGCAGUGUGCCCACUGGAAGAGCUGUGUGAUGUGGCCCAUGAGUUUGGAGCAAUCACCUUUGUGGACGAGGUCCAUGCAGUGGGACUAUAUGGGGCUCAAGGCGGAGGGAUUGGGGAUCGGGAUGGAGUGAUGCCAAAAAUGGACAUCAUUUCUGGAACACUUGGCAAAGCCUUUGGCUGUGUUGGAGGGUACAUUGCCAGCACGAAAUCUCUAAUUGAUACUGUGAGGUCCUAUGCAGCUGGCUUCAUCUUCACCACCUCCUUGCCACCCAUGUUGCUGGCUGGAGCUCUGGAGUCUGUGCGGAUCCUGAAGAGUGCUGAGGGGCGGGCACUUCGCCGCCAGCACCAGCGCAACGUCAAGCUCAUGAGGCAGAUGUUGAUGGAUGCUGGCCUCCCAGUUGUCCACUGUCCCAGUCACAUCAUCCCUGUCCGGGUUGCAGAUGCUGCUAAAAACACAGAAGUUUGUGAUGAACUCAUGAGCAGACAUAACAUCUAUGUGCAAGCAAUCAAUUACCCCACAGUGCCCCGGGGGGAGGAGCUCCUGCGGAUUGCCCCCACCCCUCACCACACACCACAGAUGAUGAACUACUUCCUUGAGAAUCUGUUGGCCACGUGGAAGCGAGUGGGGCUGGAGCUGAAGCCGCAUUCCUCAGCUGAGUGUAACUUCUGCAGGAGGCCAUUACAUUUCGAAGUGAUGAGUGAGAGAGAGAAAUCCUAUUUCUCAGGCUUAAGCAAGUUGGUAUCUGCUCAGGCUUGAGUAUGACCUCAGUUACUCAACCCCAAGCUGCCAUCGUAUCCAGAUAGUCUCCAGAGUUGUCUUUAUAUGUGAAUUAAAUUAUAUUAAAUUUUAAUCUAUAGUAAAAACAAAGUCGGAAAAUAAAUUCUUGUUUAAGUGA